AGCUUACAGCUGAACGGUUAUCGUUUUCUUGUUUUUCUUUUGUUCAUCGCUUGGUUCGUUAUUUGCAGCAAGAAUGACACACCGAGAUAUUUGGUUUUCGCACCCACGCAAAUAUGGGAAAGGCUCUCGCCAGUGCCGAGUGUGCUCCCAUCAGGCUGGUCUAGUCCGCAAGUAUAAUCUCAAUAUCUGCCGUCAGUGCUUUCGGGAGUAUGCUUUGGACAUUGGUUUUAUAAAGUAUCGAUAGCUAGCUUAUUGUGGAAUGGCCUUCAACCAGGUUGGGAGGAUUCACGAUCGUUGUUACAUCCCAUCUGUCUACAUUAAGUGUAGCCCUGCAUUUUGCACAUCACACGCCCUUGCGGAGACCCGAGCGCUACAUUGUGACCAUGCAUCCUUUAAUAGCCGAUUAGGUUUCGGCCCAAGAGAGCGAUAUGCUCCAUUUCGUCGCAGCUCCUCGCUCGUUAUGGUGUGGUUUGAAGGCCCAAUUCUUCUCCGCGUGGGUUUUGAUCGAGGUCACGUGGUUUGCUGACGUUGGGUGAAAUUGUUUCAACGGCAGCCGUUUCUGCACAUUUGCAAGGAAAACAAAAAAGGAUGACGGUUGGGUGUUCAUAAUCUCAUAUUCUUUAUUUUCAUUCUGCCGACGUUUUCCACAUCCUACUUGGUGACUUUCUUUCUAUGGCCCAAGCACCAGCCCCGUUUCCGCCAUGCUUGACGGAUAAGGAUUGUGUCGUCACUGGUGGGUUGGCUCCGAAAUGCGUUAUCAACGGUGCGGCCGGCGUGUGCUCUCCAAAAAAGUCUAGCACAACAAACACGCCAGCGGCAACACCAAAAGCGAACCAGGCGGGCAAUAAGAGUACUGGGGGUGUCUCCAUACCAAUGAUAAUUGGAGUGGUAGCAGGCGCCGCUGUUUUGCUAGCGAUUGUGAUUGGAUUCCUGAUUAUACGAAAGAGGCGGGCACGAAGGGCUGCAGACGAUCGGGAGAACACAAAAGAUAUUGAACAAGACGAUGCACCAACUUUCAUCAAAAAACAUGCAGCCCGCUCAAAGCGUAAGACUGCUCAAGAGGCAUUCAAUAACCCGACGUUGGUACCUGUGGAAAUGUCUUCUUCUCCAUUUACGCCUGAACCUAUCCCACCGCCUCCUCAUGCCACCGUCACGCCACCGCCAAUCCACGCAUCAAGGACCAGCAUGGCAAGUUCUCGCAGUGCGAGAACUGCUUAUAUUCAUCCAGUAGCACCACCGCAAGCACUACCGGACGGGCCUUCCCACGACACACUUCUUAGGCACGCUGCAAAUAACCCCUACCCGAUCUACCAACCCAUGCCAUUAGGGCCCACGAACCCGCACGGCCUUGGCUUCUACUUUACCGCCUUUGACACGACCUACACAGGUACACUUGACACUGCCACGGGGCAGUUUAGGUUCAAUGACCAGUACCAAUGCGAUGAUUACUACUACAAGUUGAAUGCAGUGCCAUAUUAUAUGGAAUCCCGACCAAGUACAAGUGGAAGCGGAAGUGACUAUGGGCGCGAGGGUUCUACAACUUUGUCCGCCUCUGGGGAUACGGCAGUGGAUUCUGAAAAACAGAGUCCACGAAUGGAAGCAGCGUACAGACCAAGUUUAGACAGCGGCAGACCCACUUCCGUUUUCGUUGAUGCAGGAUUUAGACCACGGGGGAUGUGAGCAGGUUUCGCAACGACCCGAGGGCGUUGAGUAUACUGAUACUGACCGAUUAGUAGGAUGUGAGCAUUUGUGGGACACUGUACAUUGAAGGAAUUAGUGAAUAUAUA